AUGUCGGGUAAUGUAGCAAAAUUGGUUAAUCGCUUGAGUAAAGAUCUCUCACAGCUCAAUAAGACAACAGCUGCGGCAUCAACUACAGAAAUAAACUUUCGACGAAAUGGUGAGUAA